GGCGGCCGGGGCGGGUUGUUGGGGCGGGGCUUGUAGCGGGCGGGGCGCACGAGGCGCCGGGCUGAGACUCCUGGCAACUUCGAGAACAGCGUUUGAGAUGUCUGCAGUUGAGAAGAUUGAGGAGCAGUUUGCCAGCCUGCGCAUAGCAAAGCGUUCUGUGCUGAGUGAGGAACCCGCUUACCUGCUGGAUGUAGAUGUCUCUGGGGCUGCUCAAUCUGAAAGCAGUCGCUUUGUGGCGGUUUCGUGUUCCAAUAAGUCAGUUAGGGUCUAUAACAGGGAAACACUGAGCUUCCUGCGGGAGUACAGUAGCUGUCCUGGGACACUUAAUGGCGUCAGAUUUGCACGUGCAUGUGACAGCUUGGUGUUUUCUGCGUGCACUGAUGGUACAGUAAAAUGCUGGGAUAUUCGUUUAGCAACUCAGAAAGCUGCUCAGGUAUUUAGCGGCUAUCCUUCCAACGUGUUUAUCAGUUUUGAUAUCAAUUGCAGUGACCUCAUAAUUUGUGCUGGAACAGAAAAAGUAGAAGCGGAUACAUUCCUGGUGUUCUGGGAUGCAAGAGGCAGCACAGACUGUGCCAGCACAGCUAGAGAACCGCUGGGAGUGUACUCUGAAAGUCACAAUGAUGAUGUCACUAAAAUUUGUUUUCAUCCUGUCAAACCCAGUGUGGUCGUUUCUGGCUCGACGGAUGGCUUGGUGAACGUGUUUGACAUUAACAAGGACAACGAAGACGAUGCUUUGAUAUCAACCUGUAAUUCAGAUUCCUCAGUAAGUUUUAUUGGCUGGUCCGGGAAAGAUUGUGAGCAGAUCUACUGCACAACUCACGACGAGGGGUUUUGUUGGUGGGACCUUGCUCAGUUAGAUACCGAAGAACCAAUAAUGCUAUUGCGUGUUCUGGACGCCAGAGACGCAGUCUGCAUUGAAAAUGGCAGCUUAAAUUACCUGGUAGGAGGCAUGUACCACGAAAAGGCAGACAAACUCUUUCUGAUUGGAGGGACGGCAACGGGAGACGUUCACCUGCUAAGCUGCAGCGCUGCUGGGCUGAGCCUGGUGGGUACCCUUCCUGGGGGACACUCUGCCACUGUUCGCUCUUUCUGCUGGGACCCGGCAGAGGAGUCGCUGCUGACGGGAGGAGAGGAUGCCCAGCUGUUGCUGUGGAGGCCCGGAGCCGUGGAACGCUCCCUGGCAAAGAAGACGUCCAUGAAGAUUGCUUCUUCAGUGCAGAAGAGAGUGAGAGUUCACAACAGCUCCCUCAAAAGCAGGAAGAAGUAAAAUUCUGGGAAUGGGAGCCUGCUCCGUGGAGUUUUUCUGUUUGUUUUAUUCUUCCAGGCAAUGCUUGGCUGCUGCUUUAUUUGGAGGUGUUGUGUGGAAAGAACUGCGAUCCUUGAAUUCUGUUUGGGAACGGACAUCAGUCAUCAGAUGAGUGCCUUUUUUAAAAAAAAAAAAAGUUGCUAAUAUUAAUCUGAAAAGAGUAAAUGUUUGCUCACUGGUUCAUGAAGAAUCCAUCUUCAAUCAUUUUUUAUAAAAAUACUUUUUAUGGUUGUUUAAUGUCUCAGCCAACAUUUUAAUGCAUAAUAUAGGCCUGUGACUUGCAUAAUUUGUUACUUUCCCAGUGAAUUUCCCUGGCAUGUUUUAAAAGCUUUUGUACUUCAAGCUGUGUUUUUCUUUCUUUACAGGGAACUUAAUGAAAUUGCUCAAUAUAUUAAAAGAUUUUAUGUCACUUCUUAAUGCUUGAGGGAAUUACUUCUUAAUGAAACAGAAAAGAAGUACUCUUUUUGCAUUGUCAUGUUGCUGGUUUAUCACAAGCUCGUAAAGCAGCACUUGAUAGAGUCAUAUUUUUUUAUAGUGAAGAUAUGAAUGUAUUCAACCAAACGGGAAUGCGCUAUUCCACACAGCUAAUGUUGUAGCUGGAUGAGAAGUGUUAAAACAGGCAUUACUUAGGGCAUGUUUGCUGCAUGGGAACGCCCGGAGGAUUCUCGGGCAGCUUCGUUCUUUGCUGGUAGAAUCCAGCCCGUGCGUGCUGCCCGCUAUGCUUGAGGCUUGCUCCCUCUGUCUGUCUUCAGAGACGUGUCAGGACCGUACCCCAUACCGAGGGGGGCAUUUCAGUAGGGUGUAGGAUUUCCCCCUCACUUUGGGGAAGCGGCAGGAAUUGUUUGACCAAUCUAAAUAAAGCUGCACAUUUA